AUGCCUCCUCUCGGUCGUGAUAAAGGUCGUCCCAGAUCGCGCAGGUCAGAUGAUGAGUUUGUCGUAUUCCUUCAAGGCAUCCCACCUCAUUGCCGCUGGCAGGAACUCAAAGAUCUCGUCCGUCAAACAGCACUGCAUAUUCGCCAGGCAGUAGUAUACGAUGAUAGCCAUGGAUUUCCCACCGGCCUCGGCCAAAUCAUCGUCAAGAAUGAAGACGAGGCAUGGCGAACGUACCAUCGACUUUCAACUAGCGGAUGGGACGGCCAGAGUCUGGUCGUCACACUCUCGCGGACCAGUACACCCACCAAGCCCAUUGCCGGACCUACCAGAAGUCCCUCAGCCAUGAUGUCCACAAGCUACGUCUCCGGCCACUCAACCCCUCCAUUAGUACAUGGAAACAUGGCAAUGCCCCCAUCACCCGUCUCCCCAGAAUCUUCCAACCCCGCCACCCCACCAUAUCCAUACCCAGAGUACGGCGUCAUGAUGGUACCCGUACCAAUGCCCCACACAUUCAUGCCCAUGAUGCCAGAUCCACACGCACCACCAAUGCAAUACUUCCCCCCAUCCCCAGUAAUGAACGGCGCCUACGAGCAUUGGAACAUGAUGCCAGGAUACCCAAUGUCCCCUCCACACAUGUACCCAGGCGAUAACCCACACUACCACUACAGCGAAUCUCGCAAAGGCACGAACCCCAGCUCCCCGUCUUUCUACCCGAAUUCUCGAGCUAUCACCAUCGAGAACUUGAAUCCAGUUACUACAUGCGCCGACCUAAAAACACUUCUGCGGACAGCUGGCACUGUCCAGAAAUGCAACAUAAUCACCAUAGAUCCCGCUGAUACGAAUGCCCAGCUCCGCGCUUCGGUAGCCAUGCAAACGGCGGACGAAGCUCAGUGCGCUGUGACAAUGUUCAAUAAUCUGAGCUUCAUGGGGUCGCGGAUUAGAGUGCGGGUUGAUCGUGAGCAUCCUGCACGGGCUGUGAGCUGUGAUGGGCGUGCUGGAUCAGACACCGCGGGAUCGGUGAGUGGUAAGGCGGAUACCUGUCAGUCGUGGGCUGAUGAGAUGACUACGGAGACCAAUGUCGGUGUUUGUAAGCCGUUGGUGAUAGACGGGUCUGGAUUGAAUAGGUCUGAGAUUUUGUGCUCUACGUGA